UACAAUUAGACAGUAAAUUAAUUGAAAGUGUCAUCAUGAAGUUUUUAUUGUGUUUUUAUUUAGUUUGUGCCGUGGCAAUAGCCAAACCAAUGGAUGAAGCCAAAAAAUCAGAACAACUAUCUGCGUCGCUUAGCACCAAAAACGAGACUGUAAUAUCGAACCUGCACAGAGUAGAGCGUAAUGAUAAAAUAUCUCCAAUAGUUCAGGUUUCUUCCGAACUAAACGACAAUAAUAAAUCAAAAACUGACGAAACACAAUCUGCAGAUGAUAAACAAAGACUUUCAUAUGAUUCUACUAUCAACCAGGCUAAUCCAUCUGCAUACUCGUCUCAAUUAACUAGCAUCCAUAACACCGACUCAAGUUAUCCAGAAAGCUCGGAUAAUGAGCAGUACAGAUCAGUUGGUUCUGCGUAUCCUUCAGAAAGAUCCUUUGGUCCAUUAGAAUCCCCGGGAUUAGUAUCUUCUUCAUAUCCAUUAAUGUCAUACGGGUUAAGACCUGGAUCAUAUGGAUAUUCAGGGUCAAAUGGAUUAUCAGGAUCAUAUGGAUAUUCAGGGUCAAAUGGAUUAUCGGGAUCAUAUUAUGGAUUGUCUGGAUCAUAUGGGCCAUCAGAACCAUGUGGUUCAAACUCAGUUAUUCCAACAUCUCAUUUCAAUUCUAUCCCUUGUCAAGGUGGCAUUGCCCAACAAAUAAUUCAUAAGCCCGUUGUUACAGAAUUACAAGAAGUUAUUCACAAACCAAUAAUUACUGAAGUACAAGAAAUUGUGAACAAACCCGUUUUCUCAGAAGUCCAACAAGUCAUACAUAAACCACUUUUCACUGAACAUAUUGGUCUCGGUCCAUCUUACCAUGGAUAUCAAAAACAUAUUGUUAACCAACCUAUCUAUCAUACGCCCACUAAACAUUUUGUUCGUCAACCAAUGUCUCAUGCAGCAACCAUUCACUUAGCUGAUGAAUAUGAACAGCAUGUUAGUAAUGGUCACAGCAAUUGUGAACCAGAGACAAGUUCUUCUUACGGUUUUACGGGAUCGUCGUUUCCUAUUACAUAUGGGCCAGGAAUCAACGUUGCACAACCAAGUGGACAGUACAAAUCAGUAGGGCUUAGUGAUGCGCCUUACGAACCGGUAUAUUCAUCAGGCAUAUCUACAUCAGAUUCACCGAGUUACUCUUCAUUACGUGCUUCAACUCCAUACGGUUACCCUUCAAUGUCUUCCGCUCCAGGUUCUUACAAAAACGCCGCUCACGGAUCAAUUGGCUACUCUACUCCAACUUCUUCAUUUGGCUAUUCUUCAUUGCCGUCAUAUAAUGAAUUAGGAUCAAUAAGUCGUGGAAUACCUUAUGGACAACAGAUUGCCACUUUCAAUACUGGUAAUAACGGACCUUACAGAAGUAUUAAAGAAAGUUCACAACCUAAGGCUGCAGAACAGAUUAUGUACGACAAGUUCAUGCCAUAUACACAACAAUUAAAUGGCAACCAACAAUAUUAUGAUAACCCACAGUUUCAACAAAAAUUCUCAGGAUUCCAACAACAAAGGGGAAGGAGCAACGAAGACCCAAAACAAAUUAAAAUGGACGUGGACGCUAUUGCUAAGCAAAUUGAGAAGAACCCUGAAAUGAGGAAACAAUUGAUAAAAAUAAUAACAGAGAGCAUUUACGUUGGUGACCAAAUGACACAAUCCAAUAAGAAGCAACAAGAUACCGGUACAAAAACGCAAUCAUUGCCACUAAUAUAAUUUGAUACAACUGAUGUUUAUAAUUAAGGAAAACAAUUAUUUUGGUUAUUUAUAAAAAAAAUAAU